AUGGCUGCCUCCCGCCCCGGGGCCGCAAGCCGUGAUGAGAACUCACUCCAAGACGGCGCACCGCGAUACCCCAUCCCCCAGAGGAGACUAGGCGCCAGCCCGUUUUGCAAACCUCUAAUGUCGCACAAUGCCAGGACGCACAACGUCGUCCUCAAGGUGACAGUGCCAAGGCGGACGGGGAGGAAGCGCAAGAGGGGCACCAAUGGGCCGUGGCAGGCCGACACCGAGGCCAUGAACCGGCUUCAUCAAGGGGAUCAGAGUGCGCAGCAGAUCUGCUCUCACGGCCGUCUGGACGACCCCCGGACUCUGCAGAGGAAGCUGGCCGAUAACGUGGGCCGGUAUGAGGUCGAGGCCGUCGGGACCGUGAGGCACACGCAUCGGUUCAGGGGGCUGGCAGACUUUUACUGGGUCACGUCUGAACGGUCUGACUUUGCCCGGAGGUAUACAGACCAGGUGCUACCUGGAAAUGUCGAGGACUUGAAGGAGUUCAAGUUUAGGCCGGGUAUCGACAAGGGACCGAACGUGGACGUGCUCCCGCCGCCAGUCUUCACGCACAUGAACCUGCCCUUCAACUACUUCUACUCUCAGAACCCAUACGUGCGCGUGACGGACGAUGGGCAGACGUUCAACGCCACGGCGGUGAAGCACGUGGGCCACUUCAUCGGGGCCGAGGACCCUCCGCCCUCCGGUCCGCAGCACGCUCCCGACAUGACGGACCCGCGAACGGUGGAGGUGAUGGCGGAGCUGGAGUCGGCGUUUGACGAGCGGCCCGUGUGGACGCGGCGGUCCUUGAUGAACCACCUGGGCGGGAAGCUGCGCAACUGGACCGAGUUGAAGCGGUACCUCAACUACGCGGCGUACCAGUUCAAGGGCGGGCCGUGGCGCGACGGCGUGGUGCCCUAUGGCCUGGACCCGCGGACGGACCCCAAGUACCGCAUAUACCAGACCGUCAUGUUCAAGCUCCUACCUCGCAACGCCCGGUCGGCCGGCGAUGCCGCCUGGCGGUCCAUCCACGACCAUGGCGGCCACGAUGACGGCAGCGGCAGGCCGCAAGGCUUCCACCCGGACCCGUUGAAGAGCCACAUCUUUGACGGCCAGACGUACCACCUCGACGGCAAGGUCUGGCAGGUCUGCGACAUCACCGACCCCCUGCUACGCGACCUGCUCGACAAGGCGGCCGUCCGGCCAACCCGCGACCCAAACAGCGGAUGGUACCACGGCGGCCUGUGGGCCAAGGCCAAGGCCAUCAUGAAGACCAAGAUGAUCGCUAUCCGCUUCGGACGUGACCUAUCUGACAGGGACUUUGCGGCCACCCUAGACGCCGGUGACCAGACGCCCGUCCGACCGGGGACGGUCACGACGACCUCUUCGUCGUCUGUCCUGCCGCUUCCCGAUCUGCGUCUGACGGAUGACGAGCUCAGACUGCUCAGGGGCCGGAACCCUGCGAAGAGGACCAAGCAUGCGGGGUAUAGUAUGCGUGUGCGCAAUGCUGAGGCGACGAGCGAGGGGGCCCAGGCGGUAGCCGAGGAGGAGGAGGAGGGAGAGCAGCGGGGGGAGCAGCAGGCAGCAAGUGUGGAUGAGCGAGGGGAGGGAGUAGAGGGGGCGACACCGCUGGCCGAGUUUGCGCAGGGUGGCUCGGAGAAUGAAUCGGGGAGUGAGAGUGGUAGUGAUCUUCAGGAAGGAGAUGAUGAUGGUUAUGAGUACCCUGAUGUACCGGUUUAG